AUGACGGACCACCGUCUUUUCGGGCAGACUGAUAUCGAUGAAGUCGAUGGCGGUGAACUCAGUCUGUGUUGCAUUUGCGGAAAGACCUUCCUUGAUCGAAGAUCCCUUCAUCUGCACGUGGUUAUUGAUCACGAAAAAGAGGCAUUGACGGCUUCGGAUACCCCACCGUUAGCUCACUCUUCUGCGAUUAAUUCAAUUGAUGAGGUAGAUGCGUAAAAUGAGCAUUGCGUUGUAGGUGUUCCAUUGCCCCCAAUGUUAGUAGCAAGAUCGGCAGCAGCAGUCGAUAGUGCGGAGGGAGAAAGUAGCGAUGAGUCAUGUCGACCACAGGACCUGCGGAUACGUCGGUCACCAAUCGAUUGUGUAUUGCCGGGCUCGGUUGCUGCUCCGCCUCCACCCUUGCCUCCACCGACUGCAAAUCCCCGCACCACACCACCGAACUCCUCUCUCAUCGCCGCCACCUCCUCCGCAGCCUACCUCCACCAAGAUGUCUCAAGAAGCGAGCGCGCAUACACGCUCGCGUUACGCUAUGCCUCGAACACUCGCAUUCAUUCACAUAUAGGCACAACUAACACACCUCGCGUGUGCAUACCUUCAAAGGACUGCUGCAAUGGUGGUGGUGGUGGUGGUGAUGCUUGUCACCCGGCGCUGGUGCGUUUUAUUGUUGAUGCUGCUGCCGCCGCCGCCGCCGCUUCUGUUGCUGUUGUGUUGCCCUGGCAUCGUUCAUACCACACACCUUCGUCUGCCCUUUUAACGGGGAUAGUCACCAGCCCUCGUAAUUGUAAUUUUUUCGAGAUGUUAUUGGGUUGGGAAGUGCUUUCCUCCCCCAAGUUGGUGUUGAUGAGUCUGACCGUAACUGAAUCUCGUCAUCAACUACCCUGGAUUAUUGUGAUCUGA